GUUCCGUGCUUAAUAGCGUCCCCUAUAUAAACGAAACGUGACGUAAUCCGCUUUCAUUAAUUUCCUCGACGCGGUGCAGUGUGGACGUAGUGUGAAGUGUAACCAAGUUCUUCAGAAAUCUUUUGGGCAUUGUGCCUGAUCGGAUACAGUCCCAUUGCGUUUCGCGUGGGCCUGCAUCCGACGGCCGCCAUCUUGGUUGCCGCGCGGGCGUGCUCGGAGGUAACUACGAUAUGGGUUUGUAACGGUAUCAUGCAUUUUACUAGUUAAUUUAAUGUUUCAUUGUUAAUAAAAUGUUUCAGUUAGCUAUAUACAAUAGUCGAUUGGAAUUAAAAGUUUAUUCAUAUUGAAUAAGAAAAUUGUAACAUAUGUUUAAGUAUGGAAAUAAAUGUUUUAAAAAUGGCGUAGAAUUUAAUUUGUCUAUUUUGUAAUAUUUGAAAUUUCACCCAACGUGUAUUAUUCCAUGAGUCAUCGUGGACUUCGGAGACAAUGGCAGUCAAGGUGCGAGUUGCUGCGUAGUUUAUUGUGAAAGGAGAGAUGGCGUACGUGUCUUGGCUUUGCGGCCUUACGGCUGCCUCAAACUAGCCCGCUACACGAGAUUAUACGGGGCCGGUACACAGUUCACAUAGGUAACGAUAGGUACCUAUUACCUACCAUCUUGCGCAAUUAAACUUUUUAUGUAUAGGCCCUAGAGGGCCGUUAUGUGUUGUUAUUUCGAGCACAGAUUCAGCUGACGAAAUGAGGCGCAAGUAAGACGGCUAGCGGCAUGCUGUCAUACAACUAAUAGCUGAUGAUAUUUUAUCAUGCGAUAUUUGACUAAUAUGUAAGAGUAGGGUGAGUGCCAAUAACAUGUUUAUAUAAUGCCCGAUUUAGACUUGGGCUAGUAUGUGUUGACUUUUAAAUCUACACAGGCUAAGCAGUAUCACGGCACAAAUGCAAGUAAAAUUGGAGCUCGCAAGUUGCACAAAUUUACUCUACAUAUUUUGUCCUGGCAUUGAACGGUAAAAAUUGAAAACAAAGUAACUAGGUAACAUCUUACACAUAUAUAUAAUAACUGUAAAAUGGAAUAACGGGCAUCAAAACUAAAUUAUUGAAACAAAUAUCUGAAAAUCAUUCUUCAAGCGAAAUCGAGAAACAAGUCAUUAUGGUAAGUUGUUUAGAUAACCAAACAGUAUUUAGUAUUUUUCUCGUAGCUUUAAUGUAAAUGUGGUAAAACAUUAAGCAUUUAGUAUGAUAUCAAAUUUCGACAAGAUUUGCAAAAAUAAUUGACGCCAUCUUGAUUUGUUCGUGUACAAUUCACAGCUUUUUUCCUGGGUGCCGUGGUGAUACCAAGACCAUAAUAAUAUCACUCCUUAGAGUAUGAUGCAUUGUGGACCUUCAAGAAGAAGGAAUCACUACCGCUCACGUCACCACGUCCCUAAAAGCAAGAUGACUUAUUCUCUAACGUAGGCAAUAACCAUGAAUUAAGGUCAUAUACAAAGAAAAUCUCGUGGUAAUAAAUAGGUAAGUGGAUAUUCCGUGAGUGGAAUCAUUUAACCUUGUUACCAAGGCAAAAACUAUUGGCCGAUUUCCGUAUUUUAUUGACACCUUUUCAAAAUCUUGGUAUUAACGCCAUUAUAUACGGUGGUAGGAUAUAAUGAGGUUUUUAGGUAAUUAUUUCAGGAAUUCUUAAAUAAAUUUAUUCAUCUUAUCAUAAGUAGCUAUACUAUGGAUCUGAUUUUGCGGACUUAUAAAUAUGCACACUUGGCAAAGAUGUGGAAUAUUUUGGGCUCAACUGUGUACCUGGCACCCAUUUUAUAAAUAUAAAACCUAUCAUUCAUCAACCAACCAUAUUCUAUUUGCUGCAAAUGAAUAUACUUAAUGUAUACAUGAACGCAAGAACUAAAAUUUUCAAUGCAAGUAAGAUUUAAGACCGGUAUAUGACAAUGCUUAAUUCACACCGCUGCAACCAAAAACAUUAUUUACAUACUGAUACUUAAGCCAAAAUCAAUUAUCAACAAAGAGGAAAGCUAUGACAAUAUUGGAAAUUUAUCUUGGAGAAGCCACUAAGGUAAUUUUUAUGAAUAAAGUGCAUUUAUCCUUAUUUAUUAAUCCCUAUCUGUAAGAAUUAAUAGCAGCUUAAUCUGCUAAUUAAUUAAUCCGAUAAAUCGCCAUUGUUUUGUUAGUAUUAUUUAGAAAGCUGAAAUUGAUAAGAGCUGGAUUUUAUCCUGGUUUUUUGGAAGUUGGCAUGACCUACUUAAUUAUUAUCCAUGGUGGGAUGCACACGAUACCACAGAGCUACCAAACGAUUCUUCAUUGACUUCAGGCUGGUUUGUGACUGAUUUAUAUUCAAAUGCAUGGUGAUUAAUGUGCUUAUGAAAUUUAUAUUGCAGUCACAGCUAUCUUUUGAACAUACCUACCAAGCUUUGUCUCUUGCUAGGAUAAUGUGUUUCUUACAGGCAUAUACUUAGACGAAAUAUUAAUUGAUAUACGAUACAUAUUUAAAUGAUAAUAUGACGAAGUAUUGUUCAACAGUCAACGAUAUUUAUAAGAAACUUAAAAUGAAACUUAAUGGUGAAAUACGACUAUUAUAACAAAAAAUAUGCAUAGAUUUAACUUGAAAAAACAAACUAAACAUAUGGAACAGAAGAAUUGUAUAUAGGCCCUAAAAAUUUUCUUCAAUAAAAAACCCCCAUCUUAAACUAGAUGCGUGUUCUGGAAUUAAGGUAAAUCACAGCGAAAAUAAGUAACUCUUUUAUACCUACUGUACAUCCAUUAAUUUCGUUUUCUAAAAUCUAGUUGUUUUUAUUUUAAAACGAAUAGCAGGUUUCAAUCGUACUACUUUAAAAUAAAUUGAUAAUGCACCUUAACAAUUUUAAAAUGGCACCGAUAUCAUCUUUAUGAGAUCAGGCGACAUUAGAACCGCUGACAGUCUGAUUUAUUUGAUUUUUCUAUCGUUUAUAAAUGUCGAGUUAUAUUAACUCUUCCAUUAUUUUAAAAACAUUUUGGAACUAUGGUUAAGUUAUGUACUUCACAUUUCAGAUACUUCCUAUUUUAAAAUAGAAAUCAAAUCUACAGUACUAAUCAAGCUAUCUAUGACAUGUACAUUCUAGUUCACGAAUAAAAAUUCUCCAAUUUAUUAUACGUACCUCACAUUAAAUAUUGAUGAUGGACGGAUGCAAGUGAAUGGACAACAUACGAUAAUAAUUAACAGAAAUUAAAAUGACAAGUCGAAUUAGCAACUGUCGCCUUGAGAAAUGAUACGAAUAUUUGAAAUUACUUUGUGAUGAAACCAUGGUCAUAAAUAGUACCACGCGCACCUCCAUAAACACUGCUUCCACCAUAGGUGUAAAUUACUGCGGCACGCGCUCUACGCCGUGGGCGCUAGAUCCUGCUGGACUUGUUCCGGUUCCGGUUUCACGCGCUCUAAGAAGCUGGUCCUGUACCGGCACCAAUCUCCACGCCCUGGUCAAUAUACUGCCACAUGUGCUCUACGCUGUGGGCGCGGGAAUCUUCCACACGUCCUUCAGGCUGUGAGCGCUAGAUCCUGCCGUCCGCGCUCUACUUGAGGGCGCUAUGUUGACUUCGAGCGUCAUACGCAGUUGGUCUUGUUCCACGCCCUAGUCAAUGAUACUGCCACAUGUGCUCUACGCCUGUGGGCGCGGGAAUCUGCCACACGUCCUUCAGGCCGUGAGCGCAAGAUCCUGCCAUCCGCGCUCUACUUGAGGGCGCUAUGUUGACUUCGAGCGCCAUGCGCAGUUGCAUGCAAUCCACUGGGCGCGGGAUCCUGCCGCACGCAAUCUACGACGUGGGUGCAGUCCAGCCAAACCGCACGCGCUCUAUGCUGUUAGCCAUUGAUCCUACCACAAGCGCUCAACGUCGUUGGCAGCAGAACCAGUCUCAAACAUUCCAAGCCUGGGCACCAGCUCUAUGCCAGGUUUUGUAUCGUAAACUCUCACGCAUCCUCACACUUUUUGCUCUUUAUAAGAACUAAUAAUUAUUUUGAAAAGCCUAAGUUUAAAUUUUACCGCUACCGUGUUGGUUUCAUUUAAAUAUUUUGUAAAUUAAUUUUGGUCGAACAUUGAUUGAAUCGCUAGUUAUCGAUCUAAGCAACACUGACGCUUUAUUAUUCUUUGCUGGCACCCCGCAAUUGCAAAUUAUAGCAACUGCGGCGUGGCGUUUUGAGCUUAAACAAGUAACUACGGAACUGCUUCGCGAUUAUCAACUUUGAGCUCUUGCAAUUGCGGGGUGCGUCUCGGCUCCUGCGACUACUGUGGCUUCAGGCUCUGGAUACUGCGACGGGCAACUACGAGCUCAUGCGAUGGGCGCUUCUUAAAACUCCGGAGAUAACGGGACUGCAGGGUGCAUCUUCAGGCACUGCCAACUGCGGAGCGCAUCUCCGAAUGUCGGGAACUGCGGGACGUGCAUCUUCAUUCUUCGCCGACUGCGGAUUGCAUCUCCAGUUGCCACUGACUGCCGCACAGGCUUCACCGACUGCAGGGUGCAUCUACAGGCUCUGCCGACUUCGGGAUGCAUCUCCUGUCGCCACUGACUGCCGCACAGGCUUCACCGACUGCAGGGUGCAUCUACAGGCUCCGCCGACUGCGGGGUGCAUCUACAGGCUCUGCCGACUGCGGGGUGCAUCUACAGGCUCUGCCGACUGCGGGGUGCAUCUACAGGCUCUGCCGACUGCGGGGUGCAUCUACAGGCUCUGCCGACUGCGGGGUGCAUCUACAGGCUCUGCCGACUGCGGGGUGCAUCUAUAGGCUCUGCCGACUGCGGGGUGCAUCUACAGGCUCUGCCGACUGCGGGGUGCAUCUACAGGCUCUGCCGACUGCGGGGUGCAUCUACAGGCUCUGCCGACUGCGGGGUGCAUCUAUAGGCUCUGCCGACUGCGGGGUGCUCUACAGGCUCUGCCGACUGCGGGGUGCAUCUAUAGGCUCUGCCGACUGCGGGGUGCUCUACAGGCUCUGCCGACUGCGGGGUGCAUCUAUAGGCUCUGCCGACUGCGGGGUGCUCUACAGGCUCUGCCGACUGCGGGGUGCAUCUAUAGGCUCUGCCGACUGCGGGGUGCUCUACAGGCUCUGCCGACUGCGGGGUGCAUCUACAGGCUCUGCCGACUGCGGGGUGCAUCUACAGGCUCUGCCGACUGCGGGGUGCAUCUACAGGCUCUGCCGACUGCGGGGUGCAUCUAUAGGCUCUGCCGACUGCGGGGUGCAUCUACAGGCUCUGCCGACUGCGGGGUGCAUCUACAGGCUCUGCCGACUGCGGGAUGCAUCUCCUGUCGCCACUGACUGCCGCACAGGCUUCACCGACUGCAGGGUGCAUCUACAGGCUCUGCCGACUGCGGGAUGCAUCUAUAGGCUCUGCCGACUGCGGGGUGCUCUACAGGCUCUGCCGACUGCGGGGUGCAUCUAUAGGCUCUGCCGACUGCGGGGUGCUCUACAGGCUCUGCCGACUGCGGGGUGCAUCUAUAGGCUCUGCCGACUGCGGGGUGCUCUACAGGCUCUGCCGACUGCGGGGUGCAUCUAUAGGCUCUGCCGACUGCGGGGUGCUCUACAGGCUCUGCCGACUGCGGGGUGCAUCUACAGGCUCUGCCGACUGCGGGGUGCAUCUACAGGCUCUGCCGAUUGCGGGAUGCAUCUCCUGUCGCCACUGACUGCCGCACAGGCUUCACCGACUGCAGGGUGCAUCUACAGGCUCUGCCGACUGCGGGAUGCAUCUCCAGUCGCCACUGACUGCCGCACAGGCUUCACCGACUGCAGGGUGCAUCUACAGGCUCUGUCGACGGCGGGGUGCAUCGGAUGGAUGACGGUGACUGCGGAUCAUGCAUUUUUAUUCUCAGCAGACUGCGGGGUGCAUCUCUAGGCGCGGUUGACUGCCGCACAUGCUUCGCCAACUGCUUCUAUUGAGCUUCUGCAGUUCCUGCGACUGUCAUCUUGAGAACUGGCGACAGCGGGGUGCAUCCUCGGGCGUCUGCAACUGUAGGACUUCACGAGACUACAGUGCGUUCGGAGCGCUGCUUAAAGGGUUAGCUUAGAAGCUAAUAAAAGAGUGAUAUAGCCACUAACUACAGGUUCAGCAUUUUGUUUCCGUAAAAGUAGAAUAGAAUUAUUUUUUAUGUUUGCAAAUGUCUGAUUUCUUGUAUUGUUGUGCUUUCUGCUAGUCAAUUAAGUAAAGAUAAAUGAAAAUUUUGUAUGGAAUGUAUUGCGUAAACAUUCCCUACAAGAAUAAAUUAUUUUACGCCGUUUUUCCACAGGCCAUUUAGGUUAACUGAUGUAAGACUAAAGAGUUCAUUGCAUUGCAUAUGGCUGCGAAAUAUUGCAAAACCAAUUUUUUACAGACUUGAUUUUAUGGAGUUUUAAAACGGAACGCAUAUGCAUAAUCAUUUUAUACAUUUUGCGACUAGCGGGUUGCGCCUACGUAAAUGACACGUAAGCCCCAAAUCUUUUCCAGGUAUCCAAACUAUUUCUUAAACAAAAAUGCAUAUUUCUGAGUAAUUAAUAUGAGAACAUGGAUCAGUUUAACAGCUUCUUCAGCUUUGUUUACUCUCCAGGUGUAUGAUACACAGCUAUGAUAGCUACAAAUUAUUUUAGGUAUUUCAGAUUAACAUCUAUUUCAGCUUAAGAGAAAAAAAGGACAAAAUGUAAUGUAAACGACAUACAAUCACAAAUUUACCAUGUCAAACAUAUUAAAAAUACUUGAGGCCUGUAAUUAUUUUGCAAUAAUAACUCAAAUGAGUUUUACUUACUCUACUGCACUCAAAUAUGUACCGUCUGAUGUGAAUAAAAAAUGUUACGGUAUAAAUUAUACUAAUUUACUAUCGAUAAAUCCAAAGGGUUGGGGAUAUAUUUUAAGUUAUACAACAUUAAAUAUGAUACACCUGGGCUGGUCAGAGGUCUGAAAAUGGAAGAAAAAGUGAAACUUCAAUAUAUAUGACAUUUCAAAUAAUGGUAAAAAGUUUAUAUCUCAAAGGUCACAGUAUUAUAAUAUAUGUACUAAAAAUGACGACCAAAUACUGCAUUCGGGAUCAAAAUUUUGGAUUAUAAAAUAUGUACACAAAGACCAAGAAAAAUGUAACAUUCAUACUGAAAAACCGUAAAUAAUGUUUUAUUAUCACAAAGUUGAAGACGGAUAACGAAUAUAAAAAAAACUGAAGAACCAACACAAAGUGAGAAGAACCAACAUGAAGUUGGAAGAAAGAACCAACACGAAGUGAAAAUAAAGAAUCAACAAGAAGUGAGAAGAACCAACAAGAACUGAGAAGAAUUAAUACGAAGUGAGAAGAAUCAACACGAAGUGAGAAGAAAGAAUCAACACGAAGUGAGAAGAAAGAACCAACAAGAAGUGAGAAGAAUCAACACGAAGUGAGAAGAAAGAAUCAACACGAAGUGAGAAGAAAGAAUCAACACGAAGUGAGAAGAAAGAACCAACUCGAAGUGUGAAGAGCCUCGAUAAUAAAAAACUUAAAAUGGGGCCAGAACAGAAGUUCUGUAGUAUCUAGUAACGGUAGACUAACCUGAACUAAGACGGAUUAAUAUAAGAACGAAAUCUAAAUGAAGAGAAAAAUACCAAGGUAUAGACUGAAAAUAAUGACGUAGGACGAAAAUACAGAACGAAGAUAGACUAAUAAACCAAGAACAAAUAUGGAGAUUGAACAACAAUAAUGAAAACUAAAGGAAUGAGAGAACAAGAGGAAGACUGAAGGAUGGAAUCGAAGACUCAAAUUUGAAGACGAAAUCUGAAAUAUGAAGACGAUGUAAACUGAAGACCGAAGAAGACGACGAAGACUGAAGACCGAAGCAGACUAGGAAGACUGAAGACCGAAGCAGACGAAGAAGACUGAAGAUGGUGAAGACCGAGGCAGACGAUGAAGACUAAAGACCGAAGCAGACGAUGAAGACUGAAGACCGAAGCAGACGAUGAUGACUGAAGACCGAAGCAGACGAGGAAGAUUGAUUACCGUAGAAGACGAUGAAGACCGAAGAAGACGAGGAAGACUGAAGACCGAAGAAGACGAGGAAGACUGAAGACCGAAGAAGACGAGGAAGACUGAAGACCGAAGAAGACGAUGAAGACUGAAGACCGAAGCAGACGAUGAUGACUGAAGACCGAAGCAGACUAGGAAGACUGAAGCAGACUAGGAAGACUGAAGAUCGAAGCAGACGAGAAAGACUGAAGACCGAAGCACACGAUGAACACUGAAGACCGAAGAAGACGAGGAAGACUGAAUACCGUAGAAGACGAUGAAGUCCGAAGAAGACGAGGAAGACCGAAUACCGUAGAAGACGAUGAAGACCGAAGAAGACGAGAAAGACUGAAUACCGAAAAAGACGAUGAAGACCGAAGAAGACGAUGAAGACUGAAGGCCGUAGAAGACGAGGAAGACUGAAGACGGUGAAGACCGAAGGAGACGAUGAAGACUGAUGACCGAAGAAGACGAGGAAGACUAAAUACCGAAGCAGACGGUGAAGACUAAAGACCGAAGCAGACGAUGAAUACCGAAGAAGACGAGGAAGAUUGAUUACCGUAGAAGACGAUGAAGACCGAAGAAGACGAGGAAGACUGAUGACCGAAGAAGACGAGGAAGACUGAAGACCGAAGAAGACGAGGAAGACUAAAUACCGAAGCAGACGAUGAAGACUAAAGACCGAAGCAGACGAUGAAGACUGAAGACCGAAGCAGACGAUGAAGACUGAAGACCGAAGCAGACGAUGAUGACUGAAGACCGAAGCAGACGAGGAAGACGGAAGCAGACUAUGAACACUGAAGACCGAAAAAGACGAUGAAUACCGAAGAAGACGAGGAAGAUUGAUUACCGUAGAAGACGAUGAAGACCGAAGAAGACGAGGAAGACUGAAGACCGAAGAAGACGAGGAAGACUGAAGACCGAAGAAGACGAGGAAGACUGAAGACCGAAGAAGACGAGGAAGACUGAUGACCGAAGAAGACGAGGAAGACUGAAGACCGAAGAAGACGAGGAAGACUGAAGACCGAAGAAGACGAGGAAGACUGAAGACCGAAGAAGACGAUGAAGACUGAAGACCGUAGAAGACUAGGAAGACCGAAGCAGACUAGGAAGACUGAAGACCAAAGCAGACUAGGAAGACUGAAGAUCGAAGCAGACUAGGAAGACUGAAGACGGUGAAGACCGAAGCAGACGAUGAAGACUGAAGACCGAAGAAGACGAGGAAGACUUCAUACCGUAGAAGACGAUGAAGUCCGAAGAAGACGAGGAAGACCGAAUACCGUAGAAGACGAGGAAGACUGAAGGCCGUAGAAGACGUAGAAGACUGAAGCAGACGAUGAAGACUGAUGACCGAAGAAGACGAUGAAGACUAAAUACCGAAGCAGACGAUGAAGACUGAAGACCGAAAAAGACGAUGAAUACCGAAGAAGACGAGAAAGAUUGAAUACCGUAGAAGACGAUGAAGACCGAAGAAGACGAGGAAGACUGAAGACCGACGAUGAAUACCGAAGGAGACGGGGAAGAUUGAAUACCGUAGAAGACGAUGAAGACCGAAGAGGCGAGGAAGACUGAAGACCGAAGAAGACGAUGAAGACUGAAGACCGUAGAAGACUAUUAAGACCGAAGCAGACUAGGAAGACUGAAGACCGAAGCAGACUAGGAAGACUGAAGACCGAAGCAGACUAGGAAGACUGAAGACCGAAGCAGACGAGGAAGACUGAAGACGGUGAAGACCGAAGCAGACGAUGAACACUGAAGACCGAAAAAGACAAUGAAUACCGAAGAAGACGAGGAAGACUGAAUACCGAAAAAGACGAUGAAGACCGAAGAAGACGAUGAAGACUGAAGACCGAAGACGAUGAAGACUGAAUACCGAAGAAGACGAUGAAGACUGGAGACCGAAGAAGAUGAUGAACUGAAUACCAAAGAAGACGAUGAAGACUGAAUACCGAAAAAGACGACGAAGACUGAAGACCGAAGAAGACGAGGAAGACUGAAGACCGAAGAAGAUGAGGAAGACUGAAUACCGAAAAAGACAAUGAAGACUGAAUACCGAAGAAAACUGAAGACCGUUAAAGACUGAAGACGGAACAAGACGAGGAAGACUGUAGACCGAAGCAGACGAGGAAGACUGAAGACCGAAGCAGACGAUGAAAACUGAAAAACGAAGAAGACUAACACUGAGGGCAUAUACGAAGAAGACUAACUCUGAGGGAUGAACACGAACACGACGCACACUGAGGGAUAACGACGAACACUGAACCAUAUCAAAAUUAAGAAAGAUGGACCAUGAUGAUGAUGGACGAAAAUGAAGAUUUAACAACAAAAAUAUAAGAGACUGAUUUAAACGUAAACUAGAUCUGAAGAACGAAUAUAAUGACUAAAAAACUACCGUACUUGAUACCUAAAAUAAAUGUUUAUGCACCGA